CCGCCAUCUUGUGGGAAGAGGAGGCGCUCCGGCUGCGAGGCUGCUUUUGCUGCCGAGAUUACAGGAAAUAGCCCAGCUUCGCGUCCGCAAACACUCGAGGGAACGGAGAGAACCGGGACCCCCUGGGGGCCCCGCGGCUGAUCUGACACAAUGGCAUCUGAUGACUUUGAUAUAGUGAUUGAGGCCAUGCUGGAAGCUCCCUAUAAAAAAGAGGAGGAUGAGCAGCAAAGGAAAGAGGUUAAGAAGGACAGUCCUAGCAAUCCCACCAGCAGCACCGGCAACAGUGGCAGUAGUACCAGUGGGAGCACCACCACUGGGGAGACAAGCAAGAAGAAGAGUCAGAGCCAUACGAGUAGAAGCAAGGAUAGAAAGCACAGUCGUAGUCGAGAUGGCGAUCGGCAUAGAAGGAGAACCAGCCGAAGCCGAAGUCACGAUCGGCAGCGUCGUCGCCGCAGCCGGAGCUGGGACCGACGGCGUGGUAGUGAGUCACGAAGCCGAGACUGGCGUUGUGAGGGUCGUGCACACUACAGGAGUCCUCCACUGCUCACUGGGCGUAGGCCUGGACACAGUAAGAGUCCUCAGUUCAGAGAGAAGAGCCCAAUCAGGGAGCCAGUUGAUAAUCUCAGCCCUGAGGAGCGUGAUGCCCGCACUGUUUUCUGUAUGCAGUUAGCUGCCCGAAUCCGGCCUCGAGACCUGGAGGACUUUUUUUCUGCUGUUGGCAAGGUUCGUGAUGUGCGCAUCAUCUCAGAUCGGAACUCGCGGCGUUCUAAGGGCAUUGCCUAUGUUGAAUUCUGUGAAAUCCAGUCUGUACCACUGGCCAUUGGACUGACAGGGCAGCGGCUACUGGGAGUGCCUAUCAUUGUACAGGCCUCACAGGCAGAGAAAAACAGACUGGCAGCCAUGGCCAACAACUUGCAGAAAGGUAGUGGUGGACCAAUGCGUCUCUCUGUUGGCUCCCUGCACUACAAUAUCACUGAGGACAUGCUCCGGGGCAUCUUUGAGCCCUUUGGCAAAAUUGAUAAUAUUGUCCUGAUGAAGGAUUCAGAUACAGGCCGCUCUAAAGGUUAUGGUUUCAUUUCGUUCUCUGACUCUGAGUGUGCCCGGCGGGCCCUUGAGCAGCUGAACGGCUUUGAGCUUGCGGGUAGACCAAUGAGAGUUGGCCCUGUUACUGAGCGGCUGGAGGGUGGUACAGACAUCACUUUUCCUGAUGGAGAUCAAGAGCUGGACCUAGGAUCAGCAGGUGGACAUUUGCAGCUCAUGGCCAAACUGGCAGAAGGCUCUGGAAUCCAGCUGUCCACCACAGCUGCUGCUGCUGCUGCUGCUGCUGCUGCCCAGACUGCUGCCUUGCACCUGAAUGGAGCAGUUCCCUUGGGGACCCUAAAUCCGUCAGCUCUAACUGCUCUGAGCCCAGCCCUGAACCUCGCCUCUCAAGCAAUUGCUUCCCAGUGCUUCCAGCUCUCCAGCCUCUUUACCCCACAGACCAUGUAAAUCAGUGGAACACACAGCCCCAGUACUAUGGCCCUGUGCCUGUGGGUCCUACCAAUUCUUUCUCCACAUGUACUCUUCCUUGGUUCCAUCUUCUAAUCGUGGACCAAGCCAUCCUGAGGGCAUGAACAUUCAUUCUGGAGGAAUUGGGGCCAGUUGGAGACACCAAGAAGAAAGAGUUCCUUCCGUUGUACUACUGGGAGUGAACUCUGCCCAACAAAAGCCUCUAUUGAAGAGAAUAGACUCUAUACCUGCAUUUGUCCUUGUGACAUGGCUGCCAAGAUGGCCAUCUUGCCCUUUUCCUACCACCUCUUAGUGCUUCCUUGACUCCUCCCCCACUGGGAAGGCUGUAGGGCAUUAACUACAGGAGCUAACCUCUUCUUUUCCUUUACCUUUACUCUGUAACCUAUUAAGGAAAACCUGUAGGACUUCUGAAUCUAGAGGACAUUGUAGUGUAAGGGAUGGGGGGACUUCUUAAAGGUGCCAGCUUUCAGCUGUAAGGGCUCCCCGGAAGACACCUCAGACCUGUGUGUUGUAAAGCUUGCCUUAGGUCUCUGGUAGGCUGAAGGCUGGAACUGCUACUGCAGGCUCAGCAUCUUGCUAGGAGGCAUGGGAGUGGCCUACCUUGACAGGCAAUGGAGAUGUCUAAGGGACUUUCAGGAAUUUAGUAAAAGGUGGGGUACAUUUCCAAUAUUUCCCAUCUUCCUUUUUAUAUUUGUCCUUCUCAGGAAGAUGGAGGGGAGGCUGCCAUUCUCUAUCACUUUUGUGUGCCUAUUGUGUCCUCAACCUUGUCAUUUAAAGCCACUCCUGUCCCCUACCAGGGCAUAUGUGAGCCUUUGUCAGUGAAUUUUAUACCCUUGUGUCUUGUGUACAUAAAUAUAUAUAUAUAUACAUAUAUAUAUAUAAACUUUGUACAGAAGGCAAGCUCCUUGUUAGAUGUUUGCGGUCCAUAUGUCUGUGGUCUUGGUUGGAGUGUCUGAUGUUAAUUUCUGAGCCAAAGCCAUAGUGCUUCUAAGGAUAUAAAACAUUUGUAAUGCCAUUGUGUUUUCUUUAUUUUGUUUUCUCUACCUUUAGGGAAAAAAAAUAGUUUAAAGGCUCAUACCUGGGUGGAGUUCCCCAUUUGUAUUUGCAUUUCAUACUCUCAGCCACACAGUCUUUUCCAUUUAUCUUUUUUUUUUUUUUUUUUUUUGCCUCUGGGGCUUGAACUCUGAGCCUGAGUGCUGUCCCUGGGCUCCCUUUACUUGAGCCACAGCCU